AGCUGAUUGUUUAUCUGCAAAAAUGGCCAAUAAAUGUAAAUUGAUAAAAGUGGCAUAAUUAUUAAAAUUUAAAGUGAUAUCCGUCCCCACGAUUUAAGACUAAACAAGGAAGUAGGCCAAAAUGCCAGGGACAAGUUUAGUGGUGCCAGUAGUACUGUGGGGAAAAUUUGCUCCUACUCACUGUAUAUCCUGCAUUUACUUAUCCAAAGAUCAAAAAACAUUGGCUACAGGAUGUUACGAUGGACAAAUAUGCCUUUGGCAAGUGGAUCCAGACACCCUAGAAAUGACACCACGUUGCCUCCUAGUAGGACACACAGCUCCAAUUCUGUGUAUUUCAAAAGCUUCGAUAGUUCAGGAUAAUAAUUACAUUGUCUCUAGCUCUGAGGCUGGAGAAAUGUGCACUUGGGACAUUACAGAUGGCAAGUGUAGAGAGACUGUAAAAUUGUCACAGGUGCAUACCAAUAUGCAGGCUUAUCACAUGUCAAAUUGCGAAGACGUCCGCCUAUUCUGCAACGGCUACUAUCCAGAAAUCCUCGUAAUGGACCCGUUCAGCCUAGAAAUCCUGUUCACAUUGUCCUCAAAACAAAAUCCAGAUUGGAUAAGCGCAUUGCACGUUUUGCGUCCCUCGAAACGUAAAGAUGACGUUGUGUUAGCUCUGACCACCACUGGAAUGGUGAAGGUUUGGACGCUAUUGGGUCACGAAAAUAAACAUUCGGAGCCGAUUUACGAAAACGAAAGUAAGCAAAUCAGGAUUUUGAAUGCCGUUUGUUUGCAAUGCUGCGCUUAUAAUCAGAGGACUGUGUUGGUGGUUUGUACCAAAUAUUGGCAGAUUUAUGAUGCAGGUGAUUUUAGUGUUUUGUGCUCUUACCUGACUCCUAGAGGAGAACGAUGGAUGUCUGGAGAUUUCUUGGCUGUAGACAGAAUAUUAAUGUGGUCAGAUGCUGGGAAAGGUUACAUGUAUAAAUUGCCAGCCAACAGUAUAGCGGAUCACAAGGAUUUCCAUACAAAAAGUGUCGAAACCGAUACACCUUUUUUGUAUUGCCUUCUUAGCCAGCCCGAUGGAUUACCUCUUUCUUGUCCACCAGCAAUGAGACUAGUCACUACCUACCGUAAUGGUCAAGCGAAACGAUAUCUACUUCGGGGCGACUCAGAAGGCUCCGUCUUACUAUGGGCCAUUCCAGACAUUUCACCAGCUCAACUUGAAGCAAUAAGGGCCCAAACACCUCCUCAACCAGUGACAGCUUCAGCCACAAUAACUACGAGCCUAACAAAAGCUUGGAGCUCCGUUCGACCAGACCCUGUUGGUAUUUUGGAUCAAGUGGAGAAACAAGAGGGACAAGCUAUCAAACUUACAGCGAGCAUCUACCUACCUCUCCAGAGCCGUCUGGUAGUUGGCCGAGAAGACGGCUCUAUAAUUAUAGUUCCUGCAACCAAAACUGUGAUGUUACAAUUCUUACAUGGGAACCACCAGACAUAUCACAAUUGGCCGCCGCAUCAAAUCCUAUCCGGCCACCAUGGUAGAGUGAAUUGUCUGCUGCAUCCCCACAGGGAACAUCCCAGAUACGAUAGGAAUUUCUUGGUAUCUGGAGGCGUCGAUUUUGCUGUUUGUCUAUGGGAUUUGGUUACUGGUUCGUUGCUGCAUCGAUUUUGCGUGCAUGCCGGCGAAAUCACUCAGCUUUUGGUACCACCAGAUAAUUGCAGUGCAAGGAUUCAAAAAUGUAUUUGCUCGGUAGCCUCAGAUCACUCGGUGACACUUCUCAGUUUAGCUGAGAGAAAAUGUGUUUGUCUAGCUUCAAGACACUUGUUUCCAGUGACGACGAUAAAAUGGCGGCCCAAAGAUGAUUUUAUGAUUAUCGGUUGCUCUGAUGGCACUGUUUAUGUUUGGCAAAUGGAGACUGGUCAUCUGGAUAGGGUGUUACAAGGUAUCGCUGCUGAAGAAGUUCUUUAUGCUUGUGAAGAGAAUGAAGAGCCCAAUUCUUCUUCAGAUAUGGGCCUGGCUAAUCCUGCCGUGCAUUUUUUCAGAGGCUUACGGCACAGAAAUCUAUCAGCCAUUCGUCACGCUACCCAGCGAGGCUUACAUCAACUACAACAGCUAAACGCACAUACUGAAGUCGGAGAUCCUCAUGCCAGAAGAGCCCAUGGACAAACACCUCUUGGAGUGCAAGGAUUCCGUACCAAUCCAAAAGAUCCGGAAAGUCACAUUCUAUUCUUUGACAUCGAAGCUCUAAUUAUUGAAUUAUUAAGCGAAGAGUACUCCAUGAUGUCACCAGGCAGUCUGGAAGCUGCUGGUCUUAUUUCGGCAGCUGAAUACCUCAAAGUUGCCGCUUUAACUCAAAGUGCCAGCCCAGACGCUCAUAAGAAAAUUGCAGACUUUUUCGGAAAAGUCAAGGACAAAGCGGAAAAUAUGGAACGGAUAAUUAAGGAAAAAGAUAAACACGGUAUUUUGGCUAAAAUGAAAGAGGGCGCAGAAACUGUACAAACUAAAAUACAAGCUAAAGCUGAGAUGGUACUUAAGGGGACAGAUUCGGGAAAAGAAAAUUCAGAUUCCUCUAAAGAAAAGAAUCGACCAGGUAGCCUCGGUCCUUUGGACACCUCCCACGGUAUGGACAUUGCUCAACUAUUGUUGUCGUUAUUGCACUCAUGGGGUUUGGACGACGACCUUGAUCGAGUAUGUCAAGUAAAAUUGGGAUUAUUACGACCAAUGGUGCCAUUAUCUUUUGGAGUUCUCUCGAAAGCCAAUCACAUGUCUCUAUUUUUGCCCACGUGGCACAACACCAUUCCAUUGGACGACGAACCUAGCACCGACUAUCAAGAUUUAGAAAUCAGCUUACCUCCGGAGUUAGUUAGAAGGGAAAAAUUGACAAGGAUAUUUACCAGUAGAACUCAUUGGGAACUGAGUACAACUUUAACCAGCAACCAUCUACUGGCAGUAAUAGCGCUCAGUCACACACUAAUGAGUAUGAGUAACGCCACCUUUGUCCCAGAACAGAAACGCAAUAGAAAAGCCCAAAGACAGUCUUCCCGAGUAAACUGGAGUAAAACUGAUGAAGAACAAGAGGAAAUUUACACUCAGCAACAAGCCCAAAUUAAACAAGGCUGGACGUUGUUGGCAACCUUGCAUUGUGUCUUGUUGCCAGAUAAAGUCGUAGAGCACGGAGCCAAACAUUUCAAACGUCCUCAAGUCGAAAUGAUGGCCAAAAGAUGGCAACAUCAUUGUGUGGAAGUCAGAGAGGCAGCUCAAAGCCUUUUAUUGGCCGAAUUAUCAAGAAUGGGUCCGAAAGGACGUAAACAACUUGUAGAAGCUUGGUCGCAGUAUUUACCACUCUACACCCAAACAGAAACAAUUAAUCCUCAAAUAACAUCACCAUCUUCUACAACUCAAAAUCAUGUCAAUUCUCAUCAUAAUAACGUACCAAACACUCCUGACCCAGUGGACGAAGAAUUUGAAGAAGAAGAGGAGGAACAAGUCAGGAAACCGUCUAGUUUGACAGAGUUAAAGCGUAAACAAUCGACUGCUGUGAUCCUAUUGGGUGUGAUAGGUGCUGAAUUCGGACAGGAUAUCACUAAUACAGACAACUCGAAGAAGAGGACAAAUGACGAUAGAAGAAAAAGUUCUGUGGCGGAAGGGUUCGGUUCAGGAAACAACAAUUUAGCUAGACUAACCGCCAUGGCUCUUUCUCAUCUAUUACUAGCGCCAUCUUCUUCCCGUUUGCCUGCUCAUAUACCCCUACGUAGAGCUGCUAUCGAUCUGAUUGGUCGAGGAUUCACAGUUUGGGAACCUUUUCUCGAUAUCAGUAAAGUACUAUUAGGUCUUUUAGAAUUAUGUUCGGAAGCUGACAAGUUAGUGCCUAGUAUGACUUACGGAUUGCCGUUAACCCCACAAGCUGAUUCCUGUAGAACAGCUAGGCAUGCUUUGACGCUUAUAGCUACAGCUAGGCCUGCAGCAUAUAUUACCACAAUGGCCAAAGAAGUUGCCAGAUAUAAUGCGAUGCAACAAAACGCGCAAACGUUAAACAUAAAUAUGAGCAAUAAUGUCUUGCACAAGGCUAAACCCGAAAUUUUAAGGGGCGUAGAGUUGCUUAUUGAGAAAAUGCAAACAGAGAUGAGUGAUCUUCUAGUCCAGUUAAUGGAUAUAAUUCUCCAUUGCUUAGAUCCGAGCCAGCUAAAAAACAAAGGUCUCCAAGACGUAUUUCCAGCGGUGUGUAAAUUUACUCAGGUUUCACAUUGUCCUGCUACUAGACGGAUAGCUGUCGGUUCAAAUAACGGCAUGUUAACCAUUUACGAGCUGCGGCAAGGGAAAUAUACGACAAUCCCAGCACAUUCCGGUCCUGUGACUGCUUGCGCUUUCAGUCCGGAUGGCAAAUUCUUAGUCAGUUAUGCUUGUUCGGAGAAUAAACUCAGUUUUUGGCAAACUAGCACAGGUAUGUUUGGUUUGGGUCACGCCCAAACGAAAAACGUGAAAUCCUACAGUACAGCACCUAUAGCAGAUGUGGCCCGACUGAAUCCAAUGCGGCUGGCGCGUCUGAUAUGGAUCAACAAUCGCACUGUCACCCUGAUGCUGGCUGACGGUUCCGAAACUAGGUUCAAUGUUUAGAAAAAGCUGCGACGGAAUGCUCAACGUCCAUGUUUUUCAAAUAUUGUCCCUGUCAAAACUGCAGACGUAUCCACAAAAAGUCAAGACAAUAAUUUGAAAAAUGACGAUCGAAUACGGUACUGAGAUGGACCUUGUAAGUCUAGUCCACGUUAGCGAAGACAUUUGUUAAGUUUAUCCAAAAAAAAAAUAAGAGCGUUAUUUAAAGCAAAUUCCAGAUUAUAUUAUAACUAUUAGUCAAAAAUAAAUAUUUUAGUGAAGAAAAAAUAUUAGCGGGCUAAAAAAUUUAAACAGUAUUAAAAAUGGAUAUUAACUAUUUGGCCUAUAUAGUAUACAAUAUAUGGAUGGAAAGGCUUUUUUUUCACUAGAAUAAUAAAAAUAAAUAUUAAACAAUGUUCCCUGAUAUGUAAUGUAUAUUCAGCCUGCCUUAAAUUCUUCUAAAAGCAAAAAAGUGAGAUUUUGUCCAGUAAAAAAAAAUCUGAUUGAUUUGCUUUUAUAAUAUAAUGAUAAAACUUGAAUCACUUGAAGACAGAUUUGUGCCUCAGGUAAAAAACAUUUUUAGUUGGAGAAAAAAAAAACACAUUUUCUAGGAACUUUGUUUUAAAACAAGGAUUUUACAUCAUAAGAAUACAUAGAAUGUAUGUGAAGUCCUUGUCUUUACCAUUUAAUACGAACAGGUAUGCACAAGGAAUUAUUUCCGUAGUAAAAUGCAUUUUUGUCUACAUUCGCAUUAAGAAUUAUAUGCCAUUGAACAGUAUAAUUUUCUAAUGCAAGUUGAUUUGAACCUGAAUCAAGACAAGAGUGUGUUGAUAAGUUUUCCAAAAUUCAUAAAUCUUUCAGAUUCUAUGUGUGUAAUAAUUCUAAUCUUUAAUAUAAUAAGAGAAUAUAGUGAAAGGCUUGGGAAUAUAUUAAAAAAAGUAGUUGCUGAGGGAAAAGUAACCAGAAGAAGGCGCUUCUUAUGGCCAAUACUUCUCUAUGUGAUUAUUCUCUGGAUCAUUAUGCCAUGGAACAAUGAGUGUUGAGAUUCUAUUGUCUCAUUUGAAAUACAUUUCUCAAGAUUCCGCAACGCAAGAACUGCCUCUUGCAUACAUUAUCUUAUGAUGACCUAAUUCAUCUUUUUUUUCCGUCUUGACUUUAGAAAUGUUAUUAAACCCAGUAUGGGUUAGUAUGCAGGUACGCCAUCUGCAGACAAUCCGAAGAGAUCCAAACCUUUUUUCAAUAUCGAUGUUCACCUACACAUUCUCAGGACAUAUCCUAUAAUAUUGUGUAAAUCCAAGCAAAUUUCAUUGUGUUUAUGAUCCAAAAGACUUUAUUUAAAUGUCAAACCAACCUAGAUUUAAUAUUCACUUAAUGGUUUGCAAUUAAAAUUUCAAAUACAAUUCCCAAGUCUUUCAAAUUGCUGUUGUUGAAAAACAUAUACCCUUAAUAAAUUAUAAAAUGACAUUGAAGUUAUUGCUAAUGAUAAAAUAAAAAGAAACUAUCCUUUAUAUGCUCUUUAUAACCAUGUAUAUCCCACUAGAUAGUACGAAAAAAAAAAUACUUUUUAUAAUAAAUGGAUUAACCUUAUAGUUCUGUGAGAGUUAUCUCUAUCUAGUGAUCGCUUCCUUAAUUUCAAAUUACAUUUUAUUAUCGGUGUGUUGCUACACAUUAAUUUUGUAGCAAUUGAUUAAUUCAAAUCUCCUCAACUCACAAUUCUAUAAAGUAAAUCUGUUUUUGUUUUUCCUAAUCCGUGUGAGUGUCGUUCGUUAAUUAUUUGUACAUGUGAAAAGUUUGUACACAGGGUGUUCAAAAAAAAUAAAUUAUAUAACUUUACCUGUAGACGACGUUGUAUAAAAUUAUACCGUAUUUUUUUUGGUUAUCGAAAUUUUGAAAAAAAUCUAUAUUUGAUGUAAUAUCUUUAAAUUAAUUAGUGUUGCAACUUGUGACACUGAGGGUUGUGGUUACUUUGUCAACUAUUAAAAAAUCAAAUCUAUAGUUUAUCAAAAGUAAACAGUUGAUGAAAAGACCAGGCUCAAUAAACAUACAUUAUUAUAUUAUUAAUGCUAUAUUGUGGAUAAUAGUUAGUACAUUAAUAUUAUACUAUAGAAUUUCGGACAUUGAAGAAAUUGCAAUACCAGUAAGACCCCAGUAAAAGCGAAAUUUAGCUCAUGUGAAUUAUCAACUGAUAGUUCAUUGGAACUCUAUUUUUAAUUCUAUGGGUCCUUUUAAACUGAUAUGUUAUAACCCCAUCUACUUGUUUUUUACGCCAAAGUGAAUAUUUUUUUAAUUAUGUAAAGUGAGUUUUUUCUAUUUAAAUGUUAAACCUGUUUAGUUAACUUUGAUUGGGAAAAUUUUAAAACUCAUCUGCAGAUUUGUUCCAAAAAAUUUAGAAUAAGUAGUUUCAAUCGUGUGAAUUACAGUCACAGUUUUAAGAUGUUCUUUAGAUUUCAGUGUUUCUCAGAUAAAUAUAGUAAAAAAUGUUUUGUUUUAAAAAUUUUUUAUUGGUUAUAGAUGGGUUUUAAGGCAUUUCAUCACCAAUUUAUAAUUUUAUAGAAACUUCAUUCAAACCAUUCUCCUCCUAGGUUUCAGUUUACCUAUAUUUUUUUAUUUUGUUGAGAGUUUUUUAAUCUAAAAACGGGUUAUUAUUGAAGGAGAUAUGCAUUUUAGAAAAUUAUUAUAUUAUUGCAAAAUAUUUUUGUUAAAUUGUAUAUAGCUGUUAUAUAUUAUUUAUUUUUUUGUUUUAGAUGUUGUAGCUCUAUCUUGGAAUAAUAAACUUUAAGAAUUUAAAUA